AGUGUCUUCAUCGCCUUCGCCGCCGUAGCAAUCUGGUCCAGCGUCCCCCUAACCAUCCGCCUCCUCACCACCCUCAAGAAACGCAGCGGCCUCUACUUCUACUCCAUCCUCAUCACCACCUGGGGCCUCUCCAUCCGCCAACUCGGCUACGUCCUCCAAUUGCUGGUCCCCACCACCCCCUGGCCCCUCGGCGACCUCAUGGCCCAACUCGGCUGGGUCGCCAUGGUCACCGGCUUCUCCACCGUCCUCUACUCGCGCCUCAACAUCAUCCUCGAAAGCCGCUCCGUCCGCCGCGCCGUCCUCUACACCAUCAUUUUUAACGGCGUCGUGCUUCAUAUUCUUAUGAUGACCAUGUCGCUCGGCAUCGCGGGCUCGCAGUAUGCGGCGAAGCAUGGAAGCCAUCAUGCUGCUUCGUUGAUUCCGAAGUGGAAAGCGCCGUACUCCUAUAUGGAGAAAGUCCAGAUUGUGAUCUUCUCGCUGCAGGAGAUCGCGAUAUCUUUCUUCUACGUCCGCGCCGCACACCAGUAUCUCCAGUCCCGCUUUGCGCAGCGUGGCAAGACGCGGCAAGCUAUGUUCCUGCUGCUGUUUGUGCAGAUCGUCAUUAUUUCCGUUGAUAUUGCACUUAUCGCGAUCGAUUUCGCGGGGUAUCUCCAGCUGAAGCUGUUCAUUCAUUCGUUUGUGUAUGCGGUGAAGUUGGAGCUGGAGUUUGUGGUGCUGAAUCAGCUGGUGGAGCUGUCG